AUGGACUACCCGUGGUAUCUUUGUCAGUCUGACGCUGAUUUAAAGAAGAAGUUCUCUUUUAUUCAAAUACAAGAGGAUGAGAGAUUACGCGAGGCUACCAAUGCAGCAAACCAUUACUCAAGGUGGUCGCUUGGCGUUAGUAUCUCGCCCGAAAAUGACCUAAGGAACAGAUAUGUGAAUAUUAUGCCGUAUGAAAGGAAUAGGGUUCAUUUGCAAUCUCGUGGUAAAAACAGCAAUGACUACAUCAACGCAUCGUAUACCAAGGUAGAUGUCCCAGGUCAAUCGAUGUCGCCAGGGUACUAUAUUGCUACACAGGGCCCUACCAAGGCCACUUGGGAACAGUUUUGGCAAAUGUGUUACGAUGAGUGCCCAAAGAAAGAUAUUGUAAUCGUCAUGGUAACGCCGUUAAUAGAACAUGGAAGGGAAAAGUGUCACCAGUAUUGGCCGAUGGGUGAGGCUUCAGAUACGGAAAGAUUUUCCCCGAAGAUACAGUGCCCUUCAGGGGAUCCUACACGGGACAGUACUGAAUUUCGUCGCGAUCUUACUAUAAAAUUUGUGGAUUCCAAGAGGUACAACAAUCAGUACACACUGACUACACUUGAUUUGAUUCCUAAGAGUUCCAGAGAGCCAGUUAAGAGUGUUCACCACUUCUACUUUGACCAGUGGAGAGACAUGAGUCGACCACAAGAAGUCGUCCCUAUCAUGGAAUUGUGCCAACAUUCCCAUAGGUUGAACUCUACAGGAAAUCCAAUUAUUGUCCAUUGUUCGGCUGGUGUAGGUAGGUCAGGAACGUUCAUUGCCCUGGACCACUUAAUUCACGAUACAAAGGACUUUAACUUCACCAAAGGAAAACUAUUGCCAACAGCUUAUAAGAGGGAUCUGAUAGAACAGAUUGUUCUUCAGUUGAGAUUGCAACGCAUGAAGAUGGUUCAGAUGAGUGACCAAUUUCUGUUUAUUUACCACGCCGCUAGGUAUCUCUUUGAUUUACAAACAGGACAGUGA